AUGCCUGGUUUGUUUGGUGAUACUUCUGCAUACUAUGGGACUGUCGAACAACAAGGCCAGUUAACAUUGCAUCUUCAUAUGAUUAUAUGGAUUCGGAAAUGCCUUAGUCCUCAAGAAAUACGCGAUCACCUCUUGUCUGAUGACUCUGAGUUUCAGAUACGUCUCAUACAGUAUCUGGAGAGUGUACACAAGGGAGACUACUUCACUGGUGCACAGGACAUGGUCUUGAUCAUGAGACACAAACAAAGUCUUCAACCUGGAUAUUAUGAUUUCACUGAAGUCCUACCCAAUACCCCACCAUCCCAUUGCGACCAGCCCAGUGGGUGUGCCGAUUGCAAGGCCGGAAACACCAGUGAGUCCUGGUGGGGAUAUUUCAGGCAUAUGGUGGAUAUGAUCAUCAAUAAAUGCAAUAUACACAGUUGUCAUUCCAACACUUGGGCUGAUGGUACGCUGAAACAAAAUGCUAAUGUGAAAGGCUGCUUGGACAACAAAUGGAAGAAGUGCAAGGCCUGCUUUCCAAGAAAGAUUGUAAAAGAGACCACAGUUGAUAAAGAGACCAGUCAUAUAAAUAUAAUUAAAAAAGAGGCCUGGAUCAACACCUUUACACCACUCAUUUCUUACAUCUUCUGCUGCAACACAGACGUUACUUCCCUUCAUUCAGGUACCGCCAUUAAAGCUGUUUUGGUAUAUGUGACCGACUACAUUAUCAAGCCCGGCUUGAAAAUGCAUGCCAUAUUUGAAUGCAUUUGA